AUGAUACCAGAUAACGUGACCCUGAUUGUGAAGGCUCCGAACCAGCAAAUAGAAGACCAAAAUAUCGAGUGUCAAACCUCUUGGACUGUCCGUCAGCUAAAAGGCCACUUAUCUGAAGUUUAUCCUAGUAAACCGAAAACUGAAGAACAGAAAAUAAUUUAUUCUGGCCAGUUAUUAGAAGACAACUCAUUAUUAAAGGAUGUUCUGCGAAACUAUGAAUACCCGAUACCUCAUACUAUGCAUCUAGUCUGCACUUCUAAGAACAAAAUGGACACACCAGAGCCUAAUACAGAUGGUCUUCGAAAUAGAAAUGGGGAGCGUGCAAAUGAGACAGCUCCACCAGAAAUGAGACAGAAUGAUCAGAACCACACUGUGGAAAUGCAGAAUUAUUUAAGUUCCUUUGUUAAUAAUUAUGGGAGGGUGCCACCAUACCAGAAUUAUAACUUCAACGAUAGAUAUCUACCAAUGCAGCAAGCGUAUAUGCAGUAUAUGCAACAGUAUGCUAAUUUAUGGCAAGCCUACGCAGUUAACACAAUGCCCCCCCAAGAAGUUCCCCAAGCACCAGCGCCCCCUCCGGCCCCAGCUCCACAGCCGAUGCCCGAAGAAGGCCGCGACUGGCUCGACAACUUGUACAUGGCGUCGCGUAUCGCCGUAUUAAUCUCGCUACUCUACUUUUAUGGUAGUCCAGCGAGACUAUUUCUGGUCUUCAUACUUGUUGUUACUGGAUAUCUACACCAGAUUGGCUUCUUCCGCGACCUGCUGGUCAAUCCUAAUAACAACUUACAACAAAAUGAUAGAAAUCGAGCGAAUCAACCCCCUCAAGCGCAGGAGGGUGAUCCAGCGCCGCAGGGGGCACAACAGACCCCACCAGAAGGCCCAGAAACGCCAGACCCCUCAAACAACCAAAACCCUCCAGAUGAUGAUCAAUCACUGCUAGCGGUAACUUGGACUAUUUUUACCACAUUUUUCGCUUCUUUAAUACCGGAAGCUAAUUGA